UGUGAGCCACCUCGCCCGGCCAACAUCAGUUAUUUUUAUAUGCUCUUUUCCUAAAGGGCUUUUGUGGCAUGCAGGACAAUUUACUUUGGGAACAAAAGGUCUGCUAAUAAUGUCUUUUUGCCUUUAUCUUGUGUUUAUGGAUUUUCUGUCUCUUUUUGUCAGUGUCAGCCUUCUCUUCCUACUACUGCCACUGUCCCUGUAUCUAGCAAAACAGUACGCAACCCCUCCCUGUUCCGUCCUUGUUAGGUGGCAGCUUCAAAGCUCUAUUUUCCUAAAAAACAAAUAAUCACAAUAUUUAGAAUAGUGUUCAGUGGUUAUUAGGCUCUAACUGAGGACUAAAGGGACUUUCCUGCAAGUCUCUAUAAGUUUUAGUGCGUGACCUUUGUGACAUUUAUUUUUGUUUAGAGGCUUUAAAAAAAAAACAAAAAAAAAAAACUUCCUCCUCCUGGUUCUCUGCUGUGUUGGAGAUAGUUGAGGAAGUUGAAUAAGUAAAGUGCCAUUAUAUAAUGAUGAAUUUUGUUUUUCACAAUAGGUGAUAAAAAAAGGCCCAUUCUAUUAUAUGGUAACUUUUUCUUCCCUACCAACUGUUAUCUUUGACAUUGGAUGGAUGAUAUACUUUGCAUUUACCUCCAAAAUAUAUUCAGAAAGCACAAAGUUCUGUAGGAAGCUUCUGAGAUUGUUACAUCAUUUGUCAAAUAGUUGCAAGCAGGUGGUAGAAUCCAACUCUAAACUUUCCCCAGUGAGAAAUCUUAUAGAGUUCUGUCUUAGGCACUGAAAUCUUAGUUUGUCUUUUCUUAUUUCAUCUUUACUGAAACUUCUUACAUAUCUACUUUAAUAUUUGCUUCCACUCUGUUUUUUCAACCUUUACCAUUGCUAAGAGUCUAAGUUUUAUCUAUAAACUUUCACACCUUCUGUAGAAACAAAAUUAUAAUGAUAAUGUGAUGUGUUAAAUAAGUAAUAAUGAAUCAAGACAUUCCUAAUGCCCAUAGCAAAAAAAAAAAAAAAAUGCUGCCAAGAUUGCUAAAAUUUUCUCCAUAGGUUUCUAUUUGUAUCAACCAAAAUGGUAGACAUCAUCAUCAAAGUCCCUUCAUUUACUUACUUUAAUUUUAAUGUUUCCAGUUGUUUAUAUGGAAGCAUCAUACAUAGCUAGAAUAUCACUAUAUAAAUCUAUGUAAUAUCUACAUAACUUGUUUAUUAAGUAGUCGCUAUUGCUUCUGAGCCGUUUGACUAAGAUCAAGUGGAAACAAUCUCUGGGUUGUAUUAUUUUUUUCCAGCACUGUCUCCAACUGUUUUUUUUUUUUUUUCCUUCAAAUCUCCCUUUCUUAUCUCCUAAGGACACAUCUAGUGGUUGAUUUGCAGUUGAUAUGCACCAUUACUAACUACUAUACAGAUGGUUAAAAUAUUGAAUUAUUUCUAAUGUGUUGGGAAGGAGAUAGUGCUAACUCCUCUGUGACAAAAGGACUGUCCAUCUGAUGAACCAUCACCUGCAAUGCCAGGCACAGCUCAGGGCCUCUGGGAUACUCCUACAACCCUGCUGGCUCUGUCUUGAUGGAUCAGUGUUCCUGCCAUACUGAUUGCUUGGCAUUUGGGCACUUAUACCUGCGUGGACAGUUUAGUUUAUAUUGGUGUUAAAACUUCUAUCUGCUUUCCUCCCUGCUUGGCAGCAGAGGCCUGACCUGUGACUUGAAGGAUCUGGAAAUAAGGAAAAGGUGUGACUUAUUUUAAGUCUCCUUCCUUCAGCUCUUCGGGUUUUAGCUCCUCCAGGGUUAGGGGCUAGGGAAAGAUGGAAAGGUGACAUAGCACGCUGGGCAUGAGAUUGCGACCCUCAGUUGUGCACUGACCAGCUGCUUUUGCACAGAUAGCAACUUCCUGUCAUCUUGAUUAAAUGGGUCACUUCCUCAGAGAAGUCUUGUUUCUGACCACUUAAUCUAAAUUAGCCACCCCUCACUAUCUCAUCAGUGUUAAUUGACUGCAUAGCGCUAUCACUCUUUGAUAUUCUUUUUGUUUAUUAAUUAAUUUAUGGUGUACCUAUACCCUCAACCUCCACCCUAGAAUCUCAUUUCUUGAGAGCAUGGGCCUUGUCUGACUUGCUCUCUGUAGGAGCUCCAGCACCUGGAACAGAGUUUGGCAUAUAGUACGUGCCUGAUAAAUGGUUGAUGGUUCUGGUUGUAGGGCAUUAUUAGAGUAAGACUAUAGUGUUGACUGUAACAACAGGUCCCCUUUGAAGAUGUCUUUUUGGCUUUGGAACCUCCGCACUGUUUGACUUUUUUCAUAGAAGGGUACACUUGUGUUGGUAGUGAUGGGAUGUGCCAAUCAGAGUACCACUUUGUAAUCUCACUAGAUAAGCAUGCUCCCAAGUGAGCAUGUACCAAGCAAGUGGGUGGGUUUCCGAGAACUGGUACUUGGUUACUCUUUCAGAAGUGCCAUUGCUGUGCAUACCCUUAUAGUUUUUGAAGAUGGGGAUUGUUGUAUGAUAUGGACCAACGACACUUGAGAAUGGUGAAGGGAUGACAGGCUUUCAAAAUCUGUGUGCUUUCUAUCUUUUGCUUGUGGCUCAUGGAUAACUUGCACAGGCUAGAACUCAGGAACAAGAGUGCCAGGAAUGUUAGAGAUGGAAGGAUCCCAAGAGUUUAUCCUCACUGAUGUGCAAUUUGAGGCCUACAGAGUGGAAGUGGCUUGACUUGGUCAAGGUAACUCUUGAGUGCUGCAGUAAUAAAACAGCUAAUGUUUGUGGUGAUAUAUUAUUUUUCCUUAUAUGAGAACCAGUUAGGCAAAUGCAAUUCUAGUUCCAAAAUUCAGGCACUUUUUAUAAAAGCAUUUCUUCAUUAUGUUAAGGUGUUUCAUGCUUUGCAGGUUGUAAGGCGAGGUGGGAAUCUGUUGCUUCUAAAACAUUAUUUAUAGGAAUACUAAGAAAAACAAUCUCAUAAUAAUCAUUAAAUGGAACAGAUAAUCUGGUGAUAUAUACCCUAAUGCUUUUGUUGGUGUAGAAAUCUGACAAUCUGGUAAAUGCCUGGAAAUACUACCAUUAGAAUGAAUGCCAUUAUAUGUUAGAACCUUAUUUUAAGCAGGUAUACCAGGCCCAUAGAUGAGUGAUGUUUAUGUUAAUAUUUUGGUUUGUGAAUUGAUAAAGAUGAAGAGGAUGAUUGACAUGGGUAUAUUGGCAUGCUUGUUUCCACAAGGGAGCUUUUUUGUUGGCAAUAAUUUCAACAUUUUAUUUAGCAGUGUUUCUCAGCAAAAAAAUUGCCAUGAAAAUGAAAAAUAAGCAUAUGUAGUUAAGUCCAAAAAGCACAGCCUAUUCGUUUUUUGAAGUGGAUCUGAUGAAUGAUUUCAACUUUUAUUUACACAGUAUUAUAUAGGAUUUUCUAUUCAGAAAUUCACAUUUCUCUUUAAGGUCAAGAGCAUCAGAAAACAAAUUCAGACCUAUGGAUUUGAAUGGCUUGCCUAAAACAUUAAUAAUUUACCUUUUAAAAAAUUUUGUUUGUAAAGUUCCUUAAUCCAAAAACAAAGGGAGCUAAAAAUUUUAAAGAGUGGCUAUAAUAAUUACAUUUUUCAUUAAAGCCAGUUUGUUAUAAGUGUGAUAUUUUUGGUUGUAUUCACUCAUUUUAUCUUAUACCUAAUGGGAAUACAUUUUAAAUUUAGUUUGGCUAAUUGUUCCUGUCAUCAGAUUGUUCAUUAGACUUCAUGUGCCAUCUUUAAGCAGCUUUUUCUAGUCCCCUGGUGACUGAGUGGCCUUCUCACUGGUCAUUUGCUUUGUUUCUAAACCAAACCAUCUUUGCUAGGUUGGCUUCACAAAAUUUGUUUUUUUUGGGGUUCUGCUUCAUUUCUUUUUUUACUUUUAAACCAUGAUUUUUUUUGUACUUGUCAUUUUUCCUUUUGAAUAGUAGGUAAGUUGUUUCUUAGUCCAGGGAGGUAUGUGUUGGGUUGUUGCUGGGGUUUGAGGGGCAGAAGCAAAGUGCAAGUCUGUUUCCUUGAGGGAAAUCCUCAAACAGCACAAGGCCCAUUAAUGGUACUAAGGAGGUAGGUUUUGCUGUGCUACUGUGUACACCAUGUCCUGAUAAACCAGUAAUUGCUACCAAGAAGGACCCAGGGCAGCAGUAUUUAGAUGCAUUAUUUGAGGGUAGUUGGAUGGGUCUAAAGGGCUGUGAGUGAGCCUCUCGUUUUGUAAUGCUUGAUAAUGACUCCCCAGGAGUGCCUGUUAGGUGCCACAUUUGUGCUCAGUGUUUGCAGACAGUAUACAGUUUAUAAACUCCCCCUGAGGUAUUAGAAAAAACACCCAGGCUUCAUUGGCUAAGUAGCUUAGCUAAGGUCCCACAGCUGGUAAAUGUUUGGACCUUGGUCUGACUCCAAGCCAAGACUCAGAGCCACGUGCCUCUUCCUUCAUAAGUUAAAUGGUCUAAUGUUUUAUUAGAACAUUGUUUUCAUUCAGCAAAUAUUUAUGAGCAUCUGUUCUUUGCUAAGCUUUGCCCUAGGUGCUGGGUACACAAAGAAGAAGAUGCAGUUCCUGCCCUAGAGAAACUCUGUCCGAGGAAGAUGGCAGAUCCUUGCUUUACCUCAUGGUUUAUUAGUUUUGUGCUCCAAAGUGCUAUUGGAACACAGAGUGCUUUAUUUCACUUCAGAAAUCCUCUGUCGAUUUACACUACAUGGUUGAUUUUGCCUGGAAAGGAAGUUCAAGGAGAAAAAUUCCCACAGAGGAGGUGACCUAUCUUGGAGUGGGUCUGAGAGGGAAAAGAGGAAAGCAUUGUAGGCAGAGGGAGCUGCCUGAACAAAAGAAGAGAAGAGGCAUAUCGUGUGUGACAGACAGGAGUCUAGACUAGAGGGAGUAUCGAGAAGGAGUAAAGGCAGAAACAAGUGGCUGGGUGUUCUGGACUGACUCAUUCCAGGGAGGGCCCUGAUGCUCUCUGUGCUGUAUGCUCGCUGCAAGGUUGGCAGUUAACAGAACAAAAGAAAAAGUCUUCAUAUUUAAGAUUCAGUCAAAACCCUUUCUUUUUUCCCAUUAUUUUCUGGGCAGGCAAUGAAUGCAGUAGUGGAGUUCUGCUCCAGUGUGUGUAGUGAACGGUGUAUAUUGCUGGAAUGCUUUUUAGUCAUUAAGUACAAUUGGAAGUUCUGAACUGGUUAGAAGGGCAGCCUGUACAGCCUCAUUUCCACUGCUGUAAGCUAAGCCUGGGUCCGCACUACUCUAGAUUGCUUUCUUUAUGUAAACAAAGAGCUAUUUUCACACUUCAUUCACAAAAUAGAAGGCAUGUAGUGAGGUUGGGUGAGGAAUGGGGGGAGUGUGAUAAAAGGGAGGCCACUUCCAGGACACCGAUUAGUUUAAUGAAGCUGUUUCAUCGCAAGCAAAGAAAACAGCCCUUAACUCUUUUGAGGGAAAUGAUUUCAAGUUUUGUGGAAAAUCAGUUCCUAUAAGGUUACUCUCCAUUGAAUAACUGUGUCAGUUCUCUAGUGAUGUUCAUUCUGGUCCCUUGUAAUGACGCUAGAAAUGUUGUAUAGUAUUUAAGGAUUUGAAAAGACUGAGUUCUCUUGGUGGAUGUGUUAUCUUGAUGCUGUGCCAUUUUUUUUUUUUUUAAGCUAUGCUAUUUGUGUUCUAGGAAAUCCUUGUUCAUGAGUGGAUACUAUUUUAAGCAUUUCAGUGUUUGCACAAUAGAGAUAUGCUCUGUGCUUAAAUAUGCCCAGUUGGCUGUUGUACCUGCCUUUUGAGUCACUACAAAGAUCAGAAACCAUUAACAACAGAAGUUGGACUUAUGUGGUACUUAUCUCGUGUUGUUUUUGGCACUUAUUUUUGCUGGGGAGGAACUAUACCCAAGCAUCUGGACUGGCAUAGAAAAGAGGAGAAAGAACAUUUAAAAGGAGUACAAGAUCCCCAGCAUGAGAGAAUUAUCACUGUGUCUACUAAUGGAAGUAUUCACAGCCCAAGGUUUCCUCAUACUUAUCCAAGAAAUAUGGUGUUGGUAUGGAGAUUAGUAGCAGUGGAGGAAAAUGUAUGGAUACAACUUACAUUUGAUGAAAGAUUUGGGCUUGAAGACCCAGAAGAUGACAUAUGCAAGUAUGAUUUUGUAGAAGUUGAGGAGCCCAGUGAUGGGACUAUACUAGGGCGCUGGUGUGGUUCUGGUGCUGUUCCAGGAAGACAGAUUUCCAAAGGAAAUCAAAUCAGGAUAAGAUUUGUAUCUGAUGAAUAUUUCCCUUCUGAACCAGGGUUCUGCAUCCACUACAACAUUGUCAUGCCACAAUUCACAGAAGCUGUGAGUCCAUCAGUGUUACCGCCUUCAGCUUUGCCAUUGGACCUGCUUAAUAAUGCCGUGACUGCCUUUAGUACCCUGGAAGAUCUUAUUCGGUACCUCGAGCCAGAUAGAUGGCAGUUGGACUUAGAAGAUUUAUAUAGGCCAACUUGGCAACUUCUUGGCAAGGCUUUUGUUUUUGGAAGAAAAUCCAGAGUGGUGGAUCUGAACCUUCUAAAAGAGGAGGUAAGAUUAUACAGCUGCACACCUCGUAACUUCUCGGUGUCCGUAAGGGAAGAACUAAAGAGAACCGAUACCAUUUUCUGGCCAGGUUGUCUCCUGGUUAAACGCUGUGGUGGAAACUGUGCCUGUUGUCUCCACAAUUGCAAUGAAUGUCAGUGUGUCCCAAGCAAAGUUACUAAAAAAUAUCAUGAGGUCCUUCAGUUGAGACCAAAGAUCGGUGUCCGGGGACUGCACAAAUCGCUCACGGACGUGGCCCUGGAGCACCAUGAGGAGUGUGACUGUGUGUGCAGAGGAAACACAGGAGGAUAAUCGCCACCAGCAGCCCAGCACAGAGCUGGCUGUGCAGUGCGGCGGCUGAUUCUGCUAGAGAACUUACGCGUUAUCUCCAUCCUUAAUCUCGGUUGUUUGCUUCAAGGAACUUUCACCUUCAAGAUUUACAGUGCAUUCUAAAAGAGGAGGCAGCAAACGGAAUGAAGAGUUGUGCAACAGCUCUUUUGAGAGAAGGCCCAAAGGACAGGAGAAAAUGUCUUCAAUCGUGGAAAAAAAAUUAAACGUUGUAGAUCACUAGCUAGUACAAAGUUACCGUGUACCUGUUCCACUAGCUGCCUUCUAUAUUUCGGUUGUCUUAAGAUGGCUUAGGUUAAUGUCAGUACAGGAAAAACAAAACAAAACUGUGUGCAAGUGAGCACCCAAUUCUGUCGCUUUGCUUAACUCAAAAAGCAGCUCCGUGUUCUGGGCCUAAAAUCACAGAAAAUCUGGAAUUUUUUCCUUAUAGUCACAUAUAUAAGCCAGAAUGUUCUGUGUUCUACAAACUUGGUUUUUAAAAAGGACCUGUGUUGCUAUGAAUUAAACUUGUGGCAUACUGAUAGAAAAGACUGGAUUUUCCAUAUUUCUUGUUAAAAUUUCUACCAUUUAGAAGAAGAGAACUACAUUUGUGUUUUGGAAGAGACCUGACCAGAAGAGUGGCCUUAUCUUCACUUUACCUAUAAGUUGGUUUAUUUGUUUUAUUGUGUACAUUUUUAUAUUCUCCUUUUGACAUUAUAACUAUUGGCUUUUCUAAUCUUGUUAAAUAUAUCUAUUUUUACCAAAGGUAUUUAAUAUUCUUUUUUAUGACAACCUAGAUCAACUAUUUUUAGCUUGGUAAAUUUUUCUAAACAGAAUUCUUAUAAGCCAGAGGAACAAAGAUGAUAUAAAAUAUUGUUGCUCUGACAAAAAUACAUGUAUUUUAUUCUCGUAUGGUGCUAGAGCUUAGACUAAUCUGCAUUUUAAAAUACUGAAGUGGGAAAUCAAUAAAAAUUGCUAAGUUGCAAAGACUUUUUGAAAAUAAUUAAAUUAUCAUAUCUUCCACCUCCGUUAUUGGAGAUGCAAAUAAGAAGCAACAUAUGAAAGUAAACAUUCAGAUCCAGUCAUUGCUAACCUAAUCCUUUUUUGGGGAAAUAAUGAGCCUAGCUCAGAAGAACAUAAAGCACCUUGAAAAAAGAGACUUGGCAGCUUCCUGACAAAGCAUGCUGCGCUGUGCUAUAGGGACACAUCCUAUUUAUUGUGAUGUCAUGGUUUUAUUAUCUUUAAACUCUGUUCCAUACGCUUGUAUAAAUACAUGGAUAUUUUUAUGUACAGAAGUAUAUCCUUUAGCCAGUUCACUUAUUGUACUCCUUGGCAAUUGAAAAGAAAAUCAGUAAAAUACUUUGCUUGUAAAAUGCUUAAUAUUGUGCGUAGGUGAUGUGGUGACUAUUUGAAUUAAAAAUGUAUUGAAUCAUCAAAUAAAAGAAUGCAGCUAUUUUGGGGAGAAGCUAAGAGUGUGUGUGUGUGUGUGUGUAUGUGUGUGUGUGUGUAUAUGCAAGAUUUCUCUCCUGGACUCAGAGAAAAUGAAAAUGAUAAGAUUUUGUGUUAUCCUGAUUUUCAUUAUACAAAAGCAUAUGUCGGUUCAAAAGACAGGUCAAAAAGGGAACAAUUCUGUUGAGGUUUCCCUGCCUCUUAUUGCCAAAGCCUUUGAGCAGUGGUUUUCUUUUUAUCACUAGUCUUAAUCCUGGUUUCUGGUAAAUUAAGUUGCACCUGACUUAAAAGUUGUUAGGUGAUUUAUUAAAUGUUUACUGAUAGAUUAUACAGUAUUGUGAAAUUGGAAAAAAAAAAAAAAAACCUUAGCAUUUCCACCCAUGUGUGUAUUUUCAAUGGGAACUACUAAGUGAAGUGAGCAUAAAUUGAUUUGGUAUGUGGAUUCUAGUAUUUUACAUAGCACACUUGAAGGUGUGCUUCCUCAAUUCCGGAUGCAGGUUUCUAUUGAGGACUGGGAUCUUCAGCACCCUGUCCUUUCCUAAGCCUUCUAACCUAUUGGAAGACGACUAGUACCCAGAGCCAUGUGUCUUCAGACUACUCUUCCAGACAAUACCAUUUACCAUGCUUUCAUAUUUUGCAGUUUACCUACUUUGUCCCCGACCACAUGAAAAACAAACAAAAUGAGCGUAUGUAUUGUUUCAUAAUAUUUCCUUACCUUUUCCUAGUUUUGUCCUAGCCAUAUAGAGGCCUACCAGAUUAAGCUCCAUGGAAAAUGCAAGGCAGUUGGCAAUUUACCACUUUCAUGAGCAUAGUAAAGACUUAUUAAGUCUUACAGUAAAUGACCUGUUUAACAAUGUUUAAUCCAGCAUUUUCAACUUCUGAAUGGAAUAUUUUCUUUCCCUUUUUAAAAAUAUUUAUUUUUUGUUUACUUAUAAAAAUGUUGACAGAAGAAAUUACUCUAUAAAGGUAGCAAUCCCCACACUGUUGCCAGUCUAUUCUUGGGAAUGCUAUGAGGACUAACUUCGUUAUAACCACUCACUCAUAGAUUGUACUGUGUAAUAUAGUAAAAAAAUGCAUUAAAAGUACAUGUGACCCUAAUUUCUCAGAAGUCCAGGAAGUAUUGACUGUUGACCACACCGUGUUUUGUAUGUGAUGUCUGUGUUUCAUGCCUCUCUCCCUGAGCAAUGGACUGUUUUGCCCAGUGAUGUGUAUUAAAAUAAAAGAACAAGCCUUAAUUGUCAUGA